GUUUCAUGAGCUCUGAUAUACCUCAUCUUUUAUUUUUGUGUAACAUAUAAAGUUUCAGAUUUUAACAAUGGCAUUGAUAUUUUGCAGGUUAAGCCUCAUUGCACUUUUGCUAGUGGUCAGAAUUUUUCUUUUCCGAGCCACUGCCCGUGACUUGCAGGUGUAUUCCAUGCUCGAAAGGCAUGAGAAAUGGAUGAGUCACCAUGGGCGCGUAUACAAAGAUGAUGUUGAAAAGGCAGAGAGAUUCAAGAUAUUUAAAGAAAAUGUCGAUUUUAUCGAGUCUUUCAACAAUGAUGCUGCUCAUUCUUACCAGCUUGGACUCAAUAGAUUUGCAGAUAUAACAAACGAAGAGUUCCAAUCAAUGGUUGGUAGAUAUAAUCUGUCUUCCCUUCCGAAGACAUCAAAUUCUCAACCAUUUAGUUACGAAAGUGAAAUUUCUAGUCCUGAAAGUUGGAACUGGAGAGAGAAGGGUGCUGUAACUGAUGUCAAGGACCAGGGUAAAUGUGGAUCAUGCUGGGCAUUUUCAGCAGUAGCAGCAGUAGAAGGACUGAACCAACUAAAAACUGGCAACUUGGUUUCACUAUCAGAACAACAACUCCUAGAUUGCGAGAGCCCAAAUAACAACGGUUGUGGAGGUGGCAUCAGGACAGAAGCAUUUGAAUACAUAGCCGAAAACGGAGGCCUAACAACAGAAUCAAAUUACCCUUACACUGGAAUUCAGUCCACUUGCGAUAGCCAAAAGGCGGAAUCAACGGUCGUGACAAUUUCCAGCUACCAAACAGUGGAAGCAAGUGAAUCAGCACUAUUGCAAGCAGUAGCAAGUCAGCCAGUCUCUGCAGGUAUAACUAUUGGGAGUGACGAAUUCCGGUUUUACAAAGGUGGAAUAUUCAAUGGGGAAUGUGGAGAGACUUCACAUCAUGCAGUGACAGUAGUAGGGUAUGGAACAAGUGAGAAUGAGGGUGGUGAUUAUUGGUUGGUGAAGAAUUCAUGGGGAGAGAAAUGGGGUGAAGGAGGAUAUAUGAGAAUGGCUAGAAAUCUUGUGGAUGGUGGAAUUUGUGGUCUUGCUAAUCGUGCUUCUUUUCCUACUGCUUAAAGCAAAGGAUUUGAGGGAAAAAACAAAAAGGGGGAAUUUCAGAAAUAGCAACACUAUAGCCUUAAUUAUAACUUUUAUAGCAACAGUUUCAUAAUUACGAAAAAUAGCAAAUUGUAUUUGUAUUUAAGUAAAAUGUUGCUAUAUAAAUACAUAUACAAAUAUAUAUAUAUUACUCAUAAAUACAUAUGCACAACUGAAAAAUACAUAUUCUUCUAUUACUAUGAAGUGGGUAAAAUAUUGCUACUUUUGCUAUAGGUUGUAAUUUUGAAAAAAUGUUGUUAUUUAUUGUAAUUAUAGUCUUAAGGAUGCUAGUUUCUGUAAUUUUUCCCCAAAAAAACUAUGUUUUAUAUAUGUUGUGAUCAUCAAGUGUGUUAAUUA